CACAACAACCAACACCUCCUCUCUCUCUCCUCUCGCAAGUAUGACGGACGAUUCAAUCUUGUUGAGGCAUAGCAAACCACCCGUAAGCUUAAACAUAGAAGGUGCAAGGGUGCUCUAUUGGCCUGCUAGAUCAGACAUCGAAUUACCUCCAAGUGGUUCACUAGUCUUUAUCGUCGGCAAUCCCGGUUUGGCAGAUUAUUAUACCCGCUACUUGACCGAAUUGCAAAAUCUCGUUCAUAGCGAUGGUCGAUCAAAUCUGGAAAUCUUUUGUUUGUCCCAGUUAGGUCAUGAUCCUCACGCACUUCAUCCUCCGCAAAAGAUUGUUUCGCUCGAUGAACAGAUACAAAAUAAAGCCAAUAUUCUCAAAGCAAUCACUGAAAGAUGGAAUGGAAGAAAGACUACAAUUCUGGCAAAUAGACCAAAACUUAUCCUUGCAGGUCAUAGCAUUGGCGCUUAUAUGGCUUUGGAAAUUGUCAGACGUAAACUCAAUCCUGUACCAGUCUCAUCUGUUCAUCUUUUGUUCCCCGCAUUACAUCAAAUCGGUCACAGUCCCAACGCACGUCGACUAUCCUGGCUAUUGAAAGCAGAUGACAGGCCACUACUAUCACCAUAUGCACCAUCUGUAUUGAUGGUGCUAAGCUUUUUGGUUUCGAUACUGUUGCGAAUCAUACAAUUCUUCCCUCUGCCAAUCGUUCAUUUUCUCGUUUUAUGUGGUGCGCCUUCUCAACCUAUGGAAGCGAUCAAAAUCACGUCCGAUUUCAUCUUGGACAGCAAAUGUGCACAACAGGCAAUCAGUAUGGGAAGAGAAGAGAUGAAGCUAGUGAAAAAGGUACAAGCAUUGAACGAAGCAGAAGAUGAACAUCAUCAAUCGAAUGGACAACGAAACGGAAGUGCUUUACCCGUCAAACUUCGAGCUUAUUGGGCUGCCGGUGAUUUGGACGGAUGGGCUCCUGAAUCAACUCGAUUGGCAGUGGAAGAGACGCUAGGAUUGCAAGGAUAUGAAUUACCCGCUGCGAUUAUCGACAAACAUAAAGGACUACAACCACAAAAAACGUUGAAAAAGCGUAAAUCGUAUUCGGUCGAAGAGAUUCGAAGGGCAAGAAGGAAUGGAAGUGGGGCAAAGAGACGAGCUUUGGCCGGAAUGGUUCAUGCAGGUGCAAGUGCAGGAUAUGGAUUAGCAAGCAGUUUGGGUAAUUUGGGCUAUCGUAGAGGCGCACCUCCUCGUGCACCAUCUUCGGGUAUGCGAAAUAUACAAUCACCUUUAGGAUCACCUGCACGCACGUUACGCAGAAGGCCAAGCUUGGUAGCUGCUCGUGCUUCACGUAGAUUUGACGGAAGUAUCGUGAUCGAACCUGCAGGAGAGGAUGAUGGAGAAUUGGAUUUGUUGGCAGAAGAUCCGGAAAAUUCGUUGGACGGGGUUGUUUUUAGUCCAGGAGCGAUUGAGCCAACUUUGGAUGAAACUUUGAAACCUGGACCAACAGGAAAGACAGCUGCUGCUCCACUAACCGUUGAUCCUGCUUUAGCCAUGCCAGAUCGUGCUUCGAUUGUAUGCAAGUUGGGUAUGCCACAUGCCUUUGUCCUAGAACAUAGCGAUAAAAUGGCCGCAAUUUCUUCUGCUAUGAUUAUUUCAGAUUUACAAGGAUGAUUAAGGGAUUACUCUUUCGAUUUUGCUUUGUCUUCUUUUCUUUUAGCUUCAUCUUGGAGGAUCCUUCUUAUGUCAUGAGAAAUGCAAUUUUCAUUUUUUGCUCUAUUUGGCUUUAUUUAAUUGAUUGGCAGCAAAGUCGAUUGCGGCAGUGUAAG